AUGGACGUGUCGAAUAGUGCGCAAAAUUCAGAAGCUGUUCAAACGCAACAAAAUGGUCAAGAAACCAGUCCCAGUACCGAGGCAGGACUUCGAGACACUGGUGCAGCACAUAAUGAAAAUCAGCCAGGAAGUAGCGGAACUGAGGGUCCAGGUAGCCCAACAGACCCAAUUAGUCAGAACCCAGGAACAGCUGAUACGGGUUCUACAGAAAUAUGUAGCCCUGUCCAAAGUCCGAUUGAGUCUGACAGAGGAACUGGAGUCAAUGAAAGUGUCAUUGGGAAAAAAUCGAACAAAAACAGAGAUGAAGGAGUAAUAAAAAAAUUGCUCAAGGCACAAAACAUUUGCGAGGAAGUCGGUAUAAAAAAACCAAAGAGUACAGGGACUGAGAAUGGGACUGGAGCCAUAGUCCCGGCAAAUAUGAAAAGACGGCUACGCGACAAAAAAAGGCGGGAAGAAUGGGAUUCACUUUUGGAAAAAACAGAACUUAUGCUAAAAUCUACUCAGGAAACCUGGCCUAACAUGACCCGUUUUUUUUGA